CGUUGCCAGGGUAACGUGAUGCGUGCUGACGUCAGCAAAGGGUUAGCGCUCGUCGAGCAGUCGGCAUCAUUUCUCGGUAACGUUUGUCGGUUUAUUAGCGGUGCAGAUGGAGGUGACAGUCACGAUGGACCCGCUGUUUCUGGCCUGGAGCAGCUACAGGAGGCGGAGGUUCCAGAGAUGCGCCGAUAUUUGCUCAAAGCUCCUGUCAGGAAGCCCGUAUGACCAGGAGCCUGGUACUUGUCAUGUUUCUGAGGCGGCGUGGAGCUUGAAGACGAGAGCUCUGACGGAGAUGGUGUACAUCGAUGAGGUGGAGGUGGAUCAGGAAGGCAUCGCUGAUAUGAUGUUGGACGAGAGCUCCAUCGCCCAGGUUGCACGUCCAGGAACGUCACUGAGGCUUCCAGGAACGAGUCAGGGAGCAGCGCCCACUCCAGCGGUCAGACCGAUGACUCAGUCGGGGCGUCCCGUCACAGGGUUUGUGAGGCCCAGUACACUGUCUGGUAGACCAGAAACUAUGGAGCAGGCCAUCAGAACCCCACGAACAGCUCGUCCAGUCACCAGUGCUUCCGGCAGAUUUGUCAGGUUGGGAACGGCCUCCAUGCUAACAAAUCCGGAUGAACCUUUCAUUAACCUUUCUAGGUUAAACUUAGCAAAGUAUGGCAAGAGACCGAACUUGUCCAAGACCUUGUUUGAAUACAUCUUCCAUCUUGAAAAUGAUGUAAAAAAUGCGUUAGAUCUGGCUGCUCUUGCCACUGAACAUGCUCAGUUCAAAGACUGGUGGUGGAAAGUACAACUGGGAAAAUGCUAUUACAGAUUGGGUUUGCACCGUGAAGCUGAGAAGCAGUUCAGAUCAGCGCUCACACACCAAGAGUUUGUUGAUACUUACCUCUACCUCGCAAAGGUGUAUCAGCGGCUUGAUCAGCCCAUCACUGCUCUGAAUGUGUUCAAGCAAGGCUUGGAUCACUUCCCCGCCGAGGUCACACUGCUCACGGGAAUCGCACGCAUCCAAGAGGAAAUGAAUAACAUGAUCUCAGCCACAGAAUACUAUAAAGAAGUAUUAAAGCAGGACAACACACAUGUGGAGGCCAUUGCCUGUAUUGGCAGCAAUCAUUUUUACACAGACCAGCCAGAGAUCGCCCUGCGCUUUUACAGGCGCUUGCUGCAGAUGGGGGUCUUCAACUGCCAGCUGUAUAACAAUCUGGGCCUGUGCUGUUUCUACGCCCAGCAGUAUGAUAUGACCCUGUCGUCCUUUGAGAGAGCUUUAGCCCUGGUGUCCAGUGAUGAGGAACAGGCUGAUAUCUGGUAUAAUCUGGGGCAUGUUGCAGUGGGCAUUGGGGACUUGACUCUGGCGUACCAGUGCUUUAAACUGGCCUUGGCUUUUCACAAUAACCACGGUGAAGCUUACAAUAACUUGGCCGUGUUGGAGCUACGGAAAGGCCGCAUCGAGCAGUCAACUAUCGAAAACGAGUCAUCAUCAGACGAGGGCCAGCAACUGGAGUAA